GGGAGGUGCUCGUCCCUUUAAUUGGCAUGUACCAAGUCCUUCCAGGUUACGUUUCCUCCCCCAGUCCUAGGCGUCCGGAAUGCUUAGUCGAGGAUCCCGUAGGAGAGAAUGUGGAGACGGCGUGGUGUGUCGCGGUCGCUGCGGGCCGCAGGGCGGUAGGAGAGGGCCGGGGCCGACGCGCGCGGGCGCCGCCCUCCCCGCCCCGCGCAGUGGUCCAGUCCCAAGAUGGCGGCCACCAUGAAGAAGGCGGCUGCGGAAGAUGUCAAUGUUACGUUUGAAGAUCAACAGAAGAUAAACAAAUUUGCACGGAAUACAAGUAGAAUCACAGAGCUGAAGGAAGAAAUAGACGUCAAAAAGAAGCAGCUGCAGAACUUGGAAGACGCCUGCGAGGACGUCAUGCUGGCCGACGACGACUGCCCGAUGAUACCCUAUCAGAUCGGCGACGUCUUCAUUAGCCACUCGCAAGAAGAGACACAAGAAAUGCUAGAAGAAGCGAAGAAAAAUUUGCAAGAAGAAAUCGACGCCUUAGAAUCCAGAGUGGAAUCCAUUCAGCGGGUGUUAGCGGACUUGAAAGUUCAGUUAUAUGCAAAGUUUGGAAGCAACAUAAACCUUGAAGCUGAUGAAAGCUAAACAUUUUAUAAUACUUUAAAAACUUUGUUUAAUAAACUUAAAUAUUGUUUAAAUGAUAAUUUCCCUUCUUCAAACGAUAAGGAAAUCAGAUUUUCUUUUUUAAAAAAUUUUUCAUUUAUUUAAUGGAGACUUGCCUAUUUUCACAUGUCUUGCUUAUUUAUUUUAUAUUUUUAAAAGAAGACAGUAUUCAUCUAUGUAUUUUACAUAACAAUUAUAUCAAGUGUAGGGGUUCUAUGUCAUGUUAUUAAAAUCAGUUAAGCAAGCCUUUA